UGGGGCGCAUUGUGGACAAUCCCCCGCACAAGCAUUACUGAUAUCAUAAUUUGUGCAACCACCAUCCUCUCCAUCGAUCCUUUGUUCGCCAACUUCCCAUCAUGGCGUAUCCUCAGGAAGUUUUCAGGUCGACCAAAGUCGAGGCUACGUCGCUGCUUGGCCGGCGUCGCAAGGCGGCCUCUAUGAACAUGAUCAUGCAUCAACUCCACACGCUCAGAAGUACUGGUCGCUUCGAUGCUUUCAACCUGAAACGGCAGCCGAUAUACGAUAAAGUUUCGGAGUAUUGGCCUAUCACAGAUCAUCUCUUCUGGGAUUCCGAUAUUGGUAAAUGGAUUGAAGGCGCAUGCUACUUCCUCGAAGGACAGAUAGACCCAGACUCAGUCAUUGAUGAUGCUGUCAAGGACCUUGUCGAGUUGAUCAGAAGUGCGCAACAACCAGAUGGUUACAUCAACAUACAUUACCAGGUUGUUGAGCCGGGGCGGCGUUUUACGAACUUGCGAGACAUGCAUGAGCUCUACAACUUGGGCCAUCUCAUUGAGGGUGCAUUGGCGCACAACCAAUAUUACCACAACGGCCUCCUUCUUGAACCCAUGUUGAAGUAUGUUGCACUGGUCCAUAGUGUUAUCGGGCCAAGCGAGGGGCAAUUACAUGGCUACCCUGGACACCCUGAGCUCGAGCUGGCAUUAAUGCGCCUAUUCCAUCGCACACAAGACCGAAAGAGCUUUGAGCUAGCCGAGUAUUUUAUCAACGAGAGAGGGAACCCCAGUGGAGUCGACGGAAGAGACUUCUACACGGUUGAGGCUGAGAAGCGGAACGAGAGAAAAGACUGGCAACCGAUGUGGUAUCCCGCUCCAAGAUCUCACUGGUACCACCAAGCGCACGCCCCCAUUGUCAAACAAGAGACCAUUGAAGGCCACAGCGUGCGAGCAAUGUAUCUGCUCACUGCGGUGGCCGAUCUAGUUCGAGUCAACUCGGCCUCAGCCGAAUUGAAAGAGGCAGUUUACAGAUUGUGGAACAAUAUGGUACAGAAGAAGAUGUACGUGACUGGCGGUAUAGGUGCAGUGAAACAAUGGGAAGGAUUUGGCCAGAACUAUUUUCUUCCUCAAGGCACCGACGAAGGUGGGUGUUACGCGGAAACAUGUGCUGCCAUCGGCGUCAUGAUGUUAGCACAGCGAAUACUCCAGUACGACCUGAACAACGGAUACGGGGACGUCAUGGAGCUGUGCCUAUACAACGCGGUAUUCACUGCGAUGUCAGUGGACUGCAAACAGUUCACAUACGUAAAUCAACUUGCUUCAAGCGACAAGAACCUUUCUGAGAGGUCUGCGCAAUUCACUUGUUUCUGCUGUCCACCCAAUAUUCUAAGACUGUUGGGGUCGAUUGCAGGAUACGUUUGGAACGUCUCCGAGACGGUGCGAGGCGAUAUUACUCAGAUCGACGUCCACCUCUACACCGCAGCAACCCUUGCAUUCGAAAUAGAUGCUGGUUCUGCAACUCUGAAGCAACAGUGUGAUUGGCCUAGGGACGGAAAAGUCAUGUUUUCAUUAACUGGCACAGGCAAGAAAAUACAGCUGAGGUUACGAAUUCCUCGUUGGGCCACAACAUGGGAGAUCUCUCCAAGCCUAUCUGAUCUCAAUGUCGAGAAUGGGUACCUUCUUGUCCCACCCGAGUACUUGGCGACUAACCCGGAAUUUAUCCUUACCUUCGAUCUCAAGCCACGCUUGAUAACCGCCCACCCUCUUACGAACCAAAACGUCAUCACCGUCGCUCGUGGCCCUAUAAUAUACUGUGUCGAAGAUGUCGACAACAAUUGGGUCACUGAUCACUUCCGCUCCACAUAUCUCGACCCUCGGUGCCUUUCCAACAAUGUUGUGACCGAACAAGACAUGACCGAUCCCAGUAUGCCCGACGAGAGAUAUGUGGGUAUUACUGUUCACAACGCUGCCUAUGUGGUAGAUUUCGAUGAGCUAGAUGCAGAUCCCUUUAUUGACAAAGAAGAGCUGAACAGAACAAUCAAGGCGGCAACAAAGGUCGAGAAGCUCAAUUACGUGCCUUAUUACUACAGGGCUAAUCGUGGAGGUCUCGGUAUGGCACGUGUUGGAUUGAAGCAAUGGAUAUGGUGAUCUACAUACAUUCUUAAGCCUGCGCGUCUACAUCAU